UAGCAAAAAACAUCUAUUUGUUUAGAGUUCGAACAUUUUCUUGUUCUCAUUGAUGCUGAUUGUUAAGCUGAUUUUCUCGGAAAACAAAUUAUUCUUACUUAUGAACAUGCAAUUUUCACAUGAUGAAUCAACCAAACCAUUCUUUAUUCUUCUCUUAUUAUAUAGAUUUCACAAAAUAAUUAUGCACACACGCUAUAAAUUGUGUGCGGCUUUUUUUUUCUAGAACAGAAAAAUGCAAAUAUUCAUUUCUGUUUACAAAAGUGUGACCUAUCUUGUUUCAGUCGAUGUUGAUUACAGUCAAAUAUCAUUUUUAUUUUGUUAUAAUUCUUUUCUCUUUGUCAUUUUUUUUUAUUCAUUCACAUUUGAGUGUUUGUUAGUCAUAUAUGUGUUACAGAUAAUAAAACAUUAUAACAUAAAGAGGUGACAGUAACAACAUGAAUAAAUCAUUCUCUGAUCAAAUCAAAAUUAUAAUAAAAUUUGCAGUAUGAUUCCCGAUUUACUUUUAUAACAGCAACUUAUAUCAUUUUAUUUUUCACUCGUCCGACUGAAACCUAUUUUGUAAAGUAGGAAAAAUCAUAUACACUACACGUUAAAGUAUGAGAUACAUGAAUAGCAAGAAUCAUUUAUAUUUCAUCAUUUUCAGGGAGUGUUUCAUUGAAAUAGACCUUAUGUCAUUAUGAGUUGAUAUUAUAGGGAAAACUUCUCAGAAAUGAGCCUAACUAA